UUUUAUACCGGUCACAUGACCUCACACGAUCCUCUUCCGGUGACUCGCGGAUAUAAAAGAAGAAGCUCUGGUUCGCCGCCGCAUCCUCCGACCCAGAACAAUAUCACACAAACACAGGCUUUAAACCGCAACAUGGAGAAAAUCAUCCUAAAAUUUCCUCUGAUGUUGCUGGCGCUGCAUAUACAAAGUGGAGAGUUCUCUGACAGUCCUGUUCUUGAGAUCGUCGAAGCUCCAAAGCCAGAAGUCGUGGAGUUCAACAACACAAUCUACGGCACUUGUGAAGUAACUCCCGUCCCUAAUUUACCAGCCAGCCAGCCACAGAUCUUUGGGCAGGUGCUUUUCAAGCAGGUCUUUCCCAAUGGAACGCUAGCAGUGAAAAUCAACCUCCAUGGUUUGCCUGCCGAUGAUCAGCAAGCGCGCGCCAUCCACAUCCAUCAGUAUGGAGACCUCAGUCAAGGGUGCGUCACUGCUGGUCCUCAUUACGAUCCGCGGGCGGUUGACCAUCCCGGUCAUCCCGGAGACCUGGGCAACUUUGUUUCCAAGCAAGGAGUUAUAAGGAAGUUCCAGAAGCUCCCAGAGGCCAAGCUGUUCGGGGGUCAGUCCGUUCUGGGACGUGCGGUGGUUGUUCAUGAGAAGGAGGACGAUCUGGGAAUGGGGUCAGAUGAGGAGAGCAAACGCAGUGGGAAUGCUGGGAAGAGAAUCGCUGGCUGUGUGAUUGGCAUUACUACUCCACGUCUGUGGCAGGAGACUGAAGGGCUCCCCGGGGAAGAGGCGGAGGAGGGAAACUAGAGUAAAAGAUGAGAGGAGCAGAAGAAAUAAUGCAUUGUGUCUUAGAUUG